GGGACAUCCGUUUGCUUUGGUGAACGCUCUGAUCCCUAAAAUCAGUUUAUAAGAGAGAUUGUGGUAGAUCAAUUUUUCAAGUACUUCAAACUUCGCUGCUCCUCCUUUCUUGGACCCCAAAAUUGUCUAUCCUCAACCCUAAUCCUAGCCCUUUCCUACUCUUUGUAUCAUCGGAUUGAAUUGGCAUUCCGGAAUCGGGGUCGGAGUAACCGUUAGAGGCACCGAACGGCUUAUUGCUUCAACCAUGUCUGCUGCAGUGUGUGGGAGCAAGAGAUCUUUCUUUGAAGACCUUCCUCCAUCACCUCCAGUAUCCAAGAAGCUACGUUGUUCAUCUUCAACUUCGCCUGUCCGUUUGUCGGCUCCCAGUCUCAUCCAUCAGCUUCGGGCUGUAUUUCCUCACAUGGAUGACCAGGUCCUUGAGAGAGCACUCCAAGAAUGUGGCAAUGACAUAGAUGCUGCCAUUAAGAGCUUGCAUGAACUUUGCUUGGGAUCUGCAAAUGACAAUUCUGCUACUGCUGAAGAUUCAAAAGUUAAUGUGGAGACAGGUAAAGUGGAGUAUGAUUUUGAUGCUUCUGCUUCUGAGAGUGAGACAGCUUCGAACAACCUUCCUGCUGAUGGAGCUGAGUGGGUUGACCUUUUUGUGAGAGAAAUGGCAGGUGCUACUAGUAUUGAUGAUGCUAAAGCCCGUGCUGCUAGAAUUCUGGAGGUUCUAGAAAAAUCAAUCUGUGAACGUACUCAUGUGGGGGCAACUCAUGUUAAUCAGAAGGAAAAUUUGGUGCUGAAGCAGCAAAUUGAAGUGUUGAUUAAGGAGAAUAAUAUUCUUAAACAAGCGGUGAAAAUCCAACAUGAGCGACUUGCUGAUUAUGAUAACAAGGUUCUAGAGUGUCAACAUUUGAAGCAGGCGUUAUCUCACAGCCAGGAGCAGUUGAGAUCUCUUGAGGUGAAAAACUAUACAUUACUAAUGCAUUUGAAGCAAGCUCAACAGUGCAACACCUUUCCUGGGCGGUUCCCUCCUGAUGUUUUCUAAUUACAAUCAGUAUGGGGAAUAUAAUAAUAUUGGCAGGCAGCAAAAUGGCUUCUUCUGGUUUAACUCUGUCCCCUCGUGUCAAAGUUUGGGAUAGCAUUAUAUAUAUAUAUAUAUAUAUAUAUAUAUAUAACAAUGUGGUUGCUAUUUUUGAUAGUGUUCUAUUUCAUCGGUUGUCAAUUAAUUUAA